AUGUUCAAUCCUAAAGCACCCAAAAGAGGCGUGGACAGCACCAACUUCGUCAACGCGACAAACAACCAAAGUGAUCAAAAGAAACGCCAGAAUUCACAAUCAAACACCCAACAACAGACCCUCCCUAAAAUGCCAAAGAAAAGAGGUACAAUAAACAUUGGUCCUUCGUCUUCCUCAGCAGCGCAAUACCAACAAGAACAAAAAAUUAUGAGUGGCUUUAUUGUGGAUAAUGAUGGGCCAUUAAACCCAAGUAGUGGCAACAUCAUUGGCAAUCAGAACGCCGGAUCUAACGCAAUGCCAAAUCCAUCGUUGCCAGCAUCAAAUGGUAAUAUAAAUCAAGCUGCUGGCCCAGUAUCUUUGACAGGGGGAGCGAGUAGCACGAGCUUAGCCGAAACGUUACAAAGCUGCUAUACCAAUAUCCUUGAUCUUGAAAAGCGUAACCAACAGUACAAUGUCAUGUUGAACCAAGCCAUCUUCCGUUUGGGUCAGUCAGUUAAACAGGUUAUUGGAUUAGAAAAUGACGGCAGCAGUGAUAAUAAUGCCACAAUUGCUACUGGAAUGAUGCCCAAUGCUGGUCAAACUCCUAGUCAACAGAUUCCCGGAGUUGAGGUGCCGGUAGGAAACAAUCCAAAUGAUCCAUCAUUUAUUGCGAACCAACAACUUAGAUUAGAACACAAUAGGAACUUGAUCACUCAGAAGCAUGUGGGAAUCCAAAAAACCCUUGUGUUGGCCUACGCUAAUAACCUUGAACUUCUUGAUGCAUAUUAUGACUUUGUACUUUACCUGCUUCGUGGAGGUAGUCUGGCCACAGACGGAGGUGCUCUCUCAUCCAAUGCCAAUCCAAAAUCAAUCAACAAUAUUUUCAGUGGGUAUCAGGUACUUCAAGUUUAUAAAAUUUCCCGUCGACUCUGGAUUUAUGGAAUAAUUAAUUUACUUGAGAACAUGAAAAAUCUUAUCACUGUGGUUAUGGCAAUUCCACCAAACUAUCACGACCUUAGUAUGGUUGGAGGUGCAAACAAGCAAAAUAAAAAUAAUAUGAUACAUUUGGAAAACGAACUUUGUGUGAAUUUUAUUAGCCACUGUUUCAGUUUAUUGAGUACUUUGGUUGAAAUGAAUAAUAACCUAACUAUUGAAGUUGAUUCUGACCCGAAUACUCUUUUCAAUGAUUUGACAAGUUUCUCAGGAAAUAUGGCCGAUACUGAUGAGAGUAUAGAUAAUUCCAAGGUUCUUUCAACGGUAUCACUUAUUGCGGAUUUUCAGAACUGGUGGUAUGAAAAGAUUGCCGAUUUGUCAAGAAUGUCCAUCGCUUUAUAUCCAUCAUCUUGCAUUGAUUGGGAGGCAUCUGCAGAACACUGGUAUUUAAAGGCGAUAUCAGGAAAUUAUGGCCACGGAAAGACUUAUUAUCAUUUAGCAACCGUACAGCAGCCAAGUGCGUCAAUCGAUAAAAAUGGCAAUAGCUCAGCGUUUUUAAAUAUGACAAUGGACCAAUCUUCAAUGUAUGGAUCUAACUCCCCAACCAAUAGCGCUACUGGCAAUGACAUUUCUCUUGAAGCACUUUUCAAUCUUGGCAAAUCUGUCUUUGUUAAGGAUUGUUUUGUACCAACUGGCCAUUAUCUUAGGAUGGUACUUGAUUCAAUGUUUGCGCAGUCCAAAAUCUCGUCUUAUUCUCUCUAUGAAUCUGCUCUUGUGCAUUUGACUUGUGGAAAUGGGACGAUUCUUAUAGACAAAAAUAAGGUAACUGCGGUUGAUAAUUUGUCUAACUGGGAGCUUAUUGUCUUGCUCUACAUCCGCAUUUCCAAGGUUCUUUUAGUUAGCAAUUUUAAUUCUUCGCCAGAAUUGAUCAAGUUGGUUAGUAACUUUUCCAGAACUUUUGGUAGCAUUGACUUCAUUAGUGGCGAAGAUUUCCCGUCAUUUCAUGAUUACUCUAAUCCUACCAACCCUUUAUCUCCUCCAAGUGCUAACACACCAAUAUCCUCUACUAAUCCUAUGAGCUCUAUAGGAUCACCUAUGUCAUUAGACCCAUUUGCCAAUCCAAACUCAAUCACAGGUGGCGACAAUGCAAGCCGAUUAUGGAUGGCACAUAGCCAAAACCAGUACAACCAUCAGGCUAUAAAAGUUUCGUUCUUUGAGAAAGAGUCUUCGGCAUUGGGUCCACAUAAUAUUAAUAACACUACAAAAUCCAUGUUAAUUGACAAACCAUCAAUUAAAUUAUUAAAUUUCUGGUUCAACAAAUCAGGUAAUUUGGCUAGUAUUAACAUUUGGCAGCUUGUUGGGUUUGGUGUUUUAAAUUUCAAAAAUUUGUUCAGUAUCCUCUUCGAGUUGCCAAUUGCCUUGAAAGAACGCCAGGAAAGAAAAGAGACAAAGAAAAAUAGAAAAGCCAGUACUGCUUCUUUAAAUAACCCUGAAAAUGAUAGUAAGGACAACCAGCAAGCGGAGCCGCCAGUAAGCAGUAAACCCCAAACAACCACUGCUGACCUUGAUUCGUUACUCAAGGAUCCAUAUCCAAUUGUGACUGAGAUGUCAACUUUUAAAUGGUACGAAUCAUUACAGUUCAUUAAUAAGUCUUCUCUUGAAUUGUCCUUCCGUAUGCUCAAGAAGUUUCUUAACUGUCCUUUUAAGUCGGUCUCUACCCCUCAUAUAAUUGUGUGGUUAUACUUUUUGGUAGCAUUAGGUAAAGUCAUGGAAAAAAACCCUGCCUGUGAGCCUGUUGUUUUGAAUACCAUUUUCAAGAAGCUUUUCCCUUGGGACAGCCUUGUCAACUACUUGAAUUUCUGGGUGAAUGAAGCUCGUGAGUGUUUUGAUUUUGAUGACUUGAAAUGUGGAUUCAAUAUUAUGGAUGAUGCGGAUGAAAAUGAGUUUAUUUUUGAACAAAACUUGAUUUUACAAAUCAAAAAAAUGUAUGCUCUUGGCCAUGAGGGUUAUUUGAAUUAUUUUAAUGAGAACGAAACAUUGAUCGAAGUCUGGAAACUUUGGGGAUCACUCUGGUUUGAUGUAAUUUCUGAGAAGAAAAAUUAUUUGAACCUAAAGUUUGCUGGUUGGAAAGGAAAGGAUUUCCUAUCCGACUACAUUAAUAAAAAUGAAGAAUUAUUGUACAUUUUAAAACCAGAUUUGAACAGCCAAGAUAAUAUUCAAAGAAGCCACAAUACCAACAAUAAUUACUUUAGAGAUUUAUUUAGUGAAGGUGAUAAUUGUGAUAGAACCAACCACAAGAUUAAUUUGGAAUUACAUGAGAAGGAAACAAGAUUCAAGAGAGAGCAAGAUUACAAGAAUGGCACUUUCAACAGUAAUGCCCCAUCCCCAGAAAGGAAUGACAGAAGAUUAUUUAAUAGUGUUGAGAAGGAAAGAAUCAAGAGAAUUUUGUUAGUUGCUAUUUAUAUUUCUGAAAGAUUUCCACAAUUUGGUUUGCGCCUCACUGAUAGAUUGUUCAAAUUAGAUGUCAAUCCUGAAAAUGAUCCGGAAGACAUUACACAUCCAACUGCCAACAAUAGCGAAGAGAUUCACAAGAAUACCUUGAUCUUUGAAUUUGCCACUGAUUCUAGAUUUACUGGUUUAUAUGAAAGUAUAAGUGAUGUAAACAUUUUUAGAGAAACCGAUCCAAAGUUCGAUAUUAAUUUGUUUUUGAAAUCCAAAAAUAACUAUGAACAUGUUAUUGAAGAGAAACAGGCCAAGAAUUAUAUGAUGGAUGAUGAUGAUAAACUGAUGGCCAAUUCUGAAUAUUCAAAGGUUGAUGUUUCCAUGAAUUUGGUGAACAAUGGUUUCAAUCCAGAUGCAGAUCUUGAUGGUUCAGUAAUGGACGAAACUGAUAGCUUAUUGAACUAUGAACUUGCAAGAAAAGCUCUUGGAGUUGAUGGUCCUAGUGGUAACGAAGCUUUGCGUGAUGCCAAUGAGCCAGAUCACCUAAUUAGUCCGGAGAUGCAAAGUGGUGAAAGAAUAUCUCCGUUUGACUCUGUUCAGUCGACCCCCCAAAUGGAUGGUUUGACAUUACCUUAUGUCAAGUUUAUGGGUAAUAUUACCAUGGAUAUUGAUACAUCUAUCAGUUAUGUUACUUUUGAUACCAACUCUUGGUUGAAAAAUUGCGGUAAAAUUUACAAAAUUUUCAAGAGCUGUACUUUGAAUGAUAACGUUAAUUUGAAGUUGAAGAUUGCCUUACCAUUGCUUGUUUAUCAGGAGUUAAGAUCACUCAGAAAAUCUGAAGAUUCUUUUCUUUCAGAUUCUGCCACUCGUUGUGUGAUCACUAUCAAGAAUCUUUACAAUGACCAUACAGCUUAUUUCAAGAAGAAAUAUGGCAACUCUAUUAAUAAGAUCCGUGCGACACAUUUGUUAUUACUUAAGCCAGAUGGAAAGAUAACUUUGAACUUGCAUGACCCAUGUGAUAUCCCAGACCAGAAUCUUACAUUCAAAGCCAUCGAUGAUAGUAUUUUGCAAUCAGUGUUGAACUCCUCAAAAAUUGUCAGGCAAAACUAUAUCUACAUGUUGAAAGAGAAGUACCAGGGCAAUAUCGACAACGAGUCUUACUUAGAGUUUGAUAAUGGUCACAAGAAGGUUAAUAUUCAAGACUUGUAUGUUUUCAAGUAUAAUAUCCUUAUUACAGACACAAGGCCACUCAGAUUAAAGGCUAGAUCAGUGACUGUUAACGCUUAUCAAUGUAAAUGGUUAUUUUACAACUUGGAGAAGAUCAAUUUGGAGGGAGCUUGUCUUGAUUAA